UGGAGGCUGAGUGUGGGAACCUGUGCUCGCUCUGAUCCUCACACAUCAUUAUGCAGGAGAGGGGUAUAUAGAGGGGCUGUCUGCCUCCCUGGCCGCACAUCACUGACGUCCCAUCUACAGAGAGGACACUGCCGCACACUGACCGAUGGCUCCUUACAGCGUCAGCCUCAUCCAGAGCCCUGCUAAUGAUCCCCUCACCCGGCAGCCCAGAAAACUGAGGAAACCGGUGAUCGAGAAGAUGAGGAGAGACCGGAUUAACAGCAGCAUUGAGCAGCUGCACAUCUUACUGGAGAAGGAGUUCCAGAGACAUCAGCUCCCCUCCAAACCUGAGAAAGCCGAUAUCCUGGAGAUGACGGUCACCUUGCUGCAGCGCCACAUGGCGGAGAGAAAUGUCACAGCCUCCAGCCAGGCCCAGAGAGAAGGCUUCUCCACCUGCGUCCAGGACUCCAUCACCUUCCUGUCCGAGCACAAACAGACCGAGCUCCAGAUCCAGCUGCUGCAGAACCUCCCUGGGGCUCACACUAUGACAUACGGGGCUGUAUCUCCUCCUGUAUCCUCCAUCCACCAGACCCCCAGCAAACACAGCCCCCUGGACAGCAGCAAAGCCUUGUGGAGACCCUGGUAG